AUGAUAAUUACCUACUUUCUACUAUUUCAUCUUCAGCCUCCUGAAUGUCAAUACUUAAGCAUCGUCACUGCAGUGGAGUGGAGUUUAACCAACAAAUUCAGGAUGGAUUCGCGUCCUCAAUGCCCAGGACAGUUUAACCACCAAUUCAGGAUGGAUUGGUGUGACCUCUAUGCCAAGGAGAAAUUAUAUAAUACUACGGUAGUAUGA